UUUGCUUAAAAAUUGAGGAAGAUACAGCAUCGUGAACAUCGCGCCUAUUCACGUUUUCGCGGCGCACCCCUCAGCGCGGUCCGGCUCGCCGCGGCCCGCCAAGUUCUGAGGCGUUACACGCUUUAAACGGUUUUCGUUUCAACAGUUUUUCAUUUCUAACAUUUAAUAAAUCAUUUUAAUGCUAUAUUACACCUGAAAUGUGUUCCAUCAUCCCUUCCGUUUUCGCUAUCCCUCCCUGAAAAAAUGUCUUAAUACAGUAAGAUUGGAUUAAUUGCUAUUUUUUUCAUCUCAGAUGAUUGUAUUACCCUUAAGAGAGAACAAACGGAUCCAAAAGUCAAAAAAGUAAUAAACUAAUAUUUACUAAAACGGGAUAAAUAUCCCCGUCCUCAACGUAUUUGUGAUGUCUCGCGAGAUUCCGCGUGAGUGACUCACUAUCUCAAUGGUUUAUUUUUUUCGAGGUGUUAUCUUUCCCGUAUUCUGGGGCUACAAUCCUGGCUAGGAUGCGGUCUUCGGGUUUCAACUGGGCUCCAGGAUUAUGCACUGCCUAGCAUUUUCUUAUCUCCUUGGCAUUUUUAUUGCACUCUGUCUGGACUUCACUAAUUCUGCAGCAAAAUAUGCAUCUUCAGUGGGCAGAUGACUGCCAAACACGCGUGUCGCGACUCCACCAGCGUGUUACUUAUUUAUGCACGUACUUCUAAACUUUUGCGAUGGACGUUGAAAUUUCGUGUUUUAUAUGUGGCCAACCGUUGGCAAAUCAACAAACAAUAGACGUUAAAAGAAAAGGAGUGAGUGCUUUUCGCAAAGCUAGUGAAAAACGGCAAGACGGGAAAGUAGAGUUGAUAGGGCGUAAAAGAAAUAAAAUAACUGUGCAUAAGGUAUGCAGUAAAAAUUACACGAGUGAGAGCCACAUUGAAGCGUGGAAUCACCAAAAUUCACCGUCUCAAUCCGUGAUUUUGCCCAAGAAAGUGUAUUUUCCAUUCACAAAGCGAUGUUUUCUUUGUGGCGAUGCAAUUGAAAUUAAAGCAAAAGGAGGUAAAAAAAAUCUCCAUCGAAAAAGUAUACGCGUUCAAAUCGCCGUUAGUAAUGUCACCCAUCCGAAAUUUGGUAAUCGCAUUUUGGAUAUAAUCAAAGGGAGAACUGAUUCAGAAAGUAUUUGCAUUCGAGAAAGAUUAGAUUCGAUCGAGAAUUUAGCGGCGAAAAAAGCAAAAUAUCAUCGGGCGUGUUUAUUUAAAAUAAAGAUUCACUCUCUAAAAGAGAGAAAAAAAAGUGCAAGUGAAGAUGACAAAUCCACCCCGGAACAGUGCGUUAAUAAAGUGACAGCAGCAAUGGAAGAAAUCUUUUCUUAUUUGGACCAACAUGAGUGUGAGUGUCAAUUUUCCUUAGGGGAACUAAUGGAUCAAAUUAAAGGGGAUUUUAAACCAUGUAUGAAAACUGUAAAAUCUCAUCUUCACAGUAAGUAUGGUGAAGGAAUAUUUAUUUCAAAACACCCUAACAGGUCGGCCGUAAUUACUCUCCGCCAAAAAGGUGAAGAAAUUUUGUCCCGAAACUUUUACAAUGAAGAGCGCGAGGAAGAUCCACAGGCAGAACGACUGCGCAUUGUCAAAGCAGCCGCGGAAAUAGUUUUAGAGGAUAUUCGAUCUAAAAUUUUCGAGAGAGAUCACUAUCCACCCUCUGAUAACUUUUUUCACAGUGUUCAAUCUGAUAUACCAGAAAGUCUCCGCCUUUUCAUUGAGACUGUGAUAAAAAAGUACAAGCGAGGAGAUACGAAAAAAUGGGACACCAAAGUUACAUCCCUGGCUCAUUGUAUUAUGACUGCUGCACGCCCAAAGUCAUACCUCUCUCCUCUUCAGAUUGGCACUUCAGCUUUCAUCUACAAAAAAAUUGGGUCUCGAAUUCUUAUCGAAACUCUUCAUUCUCUUGGUUAUUGCGCAAGUUACAAGGAAGUCCGAAUUUUUGAACUUUCUGCAAUUAUGCGGCCCCCGAUCAGGGUUAACGAGGAUUCUUUUUCUCAGUUUUCAUUCGAUAAUGCGGAUUUUAACUCGCAAACUUUGGACGGAUACAGGACCUUGCAUGCAAUGGGCGGGAUUCAUUGUGUUACUCCUACCUCUGCAAUUAUCCCCGAUCAGUGUAUUGAACGGCUGAAAAGUAGACCGUCUGCAGCCGAAAUCGGGAAGUUUGGGACCAUUCCAUUGAUGCAGUUCGAGAAAAAAAGUGAUGAUGGGUUUAAAAACGUAAAAAUUAAAGACCUUAAUGAUAUAAAGCCGAUUUCCUCCAAAAUUAAUCCGCAAAUAUCAGAUCUAAUGUGGUUGUAUGGAAAUUUCAUACAUAUCAAUAAUAUUCCGGGCGGAGUGCAUUUAUGGAAAUGAUGACUCAAGGUGAAACUUUCCAGCGAUCAUUUGUUUCAUGUUUACCGUUUAUAAACGCACCAGCUAGUGAUUAUGAUACGAUCUAUACGGCGCUUCGCGUCGCGGUUGAUAAGUGUAAAGUAUUGAAACAGGAUACCUGCAUCGUCACGUUUGACCAGCCUUUGUUUAUGAAAGCGCAGGAUAUAAUUGCUCAUUCCGGUGACGAUUCGGAGCUUAAAAAUGUUGUCGUUAGAUUAGGUGGUUUCCACCUAUUAAUGUCUUUUUUGGGAGCUAUUGGCUACAUAAUGAAUGGGAGUGGCCUCAAAGAAUUAUUAUGUACUGUGUAUGCUCCAAAUUCUGUUGAAAAAAUGAUGACGGGACAUGCGUAUUCAAGAGCUCUUAGAGCACAUUUUUUAACCUAUCAAGCUCUCACUGAAAUCAUUUUGCACUCAAUGGAAUUUUCAGAUGAAGCAAAAUCAGAAUUAGAAGAAAUUCUCAUUUUAUUCAAUGAAAAAAUAUUAACGAGCGGCAAUAAUCCCACCCUCCAUGAAUUUCUCGAAGACUUUAAAAAGAAACUUGUUGAAUUAGAGCAGCGAGGUCCUACGGCAAAAUUGUGGGUGCAAUACACGAAAAUGAUAAUGCUCGUAAGGCAAUUUAUAGUAGCGGAACGUAGUGGCGAUUGGCAGUUACACUUAAGCAUUAUCAGGAAAAUGCAGCCGUUUUUUUAUGCAAGUGGCCAUUUUUUGUACUUCAAAUCAUGUCAACUGUACCUGCAGCAAAUGUACACUCUUAAGAACAAAAUGAAUCCCAGGGAAUAUGAGUGCUUCACAUCACAAGGAAUGUUCACCAUUCGCCGUUCAAACAAAUUUUGGUGUGGUACCUGGUCGGACAUGGUCAUAGAACAAACGUUGAUGAAGUCAAUGAAAUCGCAAGGCGGUGUCACCCGUGGAAGGGGUGUUUCUGAAAAUGUGCUUUCAACGUGGAUCUUAGGCACAGUAUAUCUUCAAAAUGUAUGUAAUACCGUUGAAGAGUUUUGCAAUGUCUCGUACGAGACCUCAGAGCAACACAAGGAUUUUAGGGGCUCAAGAAUAGACCGGGACAAAAAGGACGUUCAAAAAAUAUUGACGUGGCUUGACCAGCAUCCACCAUUCCCUAAAGUUCCUGAAAUUAAGUCAUUAAGUACAGGUAUUGUAGGUAAUAGUUCGAUAAACUGUCACUUAGCUCAAGAAAUAGGUUUAAAGGGUUUUAAGCAAAUUGUCGAUUUGGAGUUAGACUUCCAAUCGAUGAAAUUUCAACGCAAAUUCAGAUGCAAUCCGCUCGGAACGAUGAGAAAUGGGAUAAAAAUCGAUGAUGAUGUAGUUCCAAUCGACCCUCAGAUUCUAUAUCGCAGAAUGUGUAUCGCUAAAAGAUCUGAGGAGGAGCUCGAAGAGUUUCUAAAAUUCGAACUUUCUCCGUAUCCCCUGUCCCUAUUUACAGAAGAGGGAUUUUACAAAGGUACGAAAUCACAUUUUUACAACGAGUUCUCUCCGAUUGACGGCAGUAAUUAUGAAUUUCAGGGAUCUCAUCACGUAAUUGACGGGGGCUUCCUUUUACAUCGAGCCAUCUGGCCCAAAAAUGAAACAUUUUUGGGGAUAUGCGGAAAUUAUGUACGUUUCGUACAGAAAAAUUAUUCAAAUAAGUCUACCAUUGUUUUCGAUGGGUAUCCGGAAAACAUUGGUGCCUGCAGCACUAAAGUCGCUGAGAGGGCCAGAAGAGAAAGAAAAAAGUCUUCGGUGGAAUUUAUUUUCGACGAGGACAUGACCCCUACUGUUUCGCAAGCAUCAUUUUUAAGUAAUAGUAAAAACAAGGAGCGCUUAAUUCAAAUGUUGAAGAGUAAAUUUGAAAAUUCGGGAAUGAACGUGCGUCAAGCAACAGAAGACGCAGAUCUACUAAUUGUCCAAACGGCCAUAGAAAAAGCGCCGGAUUAUCCAUUCGUAAUAAUAGUUGGAGAGGAUGUCGACCUACUGAUCCUCAUGACUGCUUUGUGCAAAUCGAAUAAUGUUUUCUUAAUGAAACCUGGCAAAGGGAAGAGGCCGCAAAUGAUGUAUUCAUUGGAUAGUCUGAAUGAUAAAUCUAUCACCGAAAGUAUUUUAUUUCUACAUGCAUUCAGUGGUUGUGACACAACCAGCGCCAUUUUUGGUCACGGCAAAAGCAAAUUUGUCCAAACUUUUCAAACGUAUCCAAAUUUGCAAGCCUCUACGCGAAUUUUUUACGAUCUUAAUGCUGCACCGACGGCCAUAGCAGACGCAGGAAAUAAUUUUUUGAUUCGCGUUUAUGGCUGCCGUGAUGAAAAUGUAACUCUGAAUUCGUUUAGACACCAAUUUUUCGUAAGAACUGCAUAUAGGAGCUCCCAUAAUAUUGCAGCAUUGCCUCCAACAGAAGAUGCAGCAAGGCAGCACUCUUUUCGCACCUACCUUCAAAUUCAACGAUGGCUCGGCAAUCAUAAAAAACCAGAAGAAUGGGGGUGGAAAAAAACUAAGACUGUGUUAACUCCUGUGAUGACAACGCAACCUCCAGCCCCUGAUAAACUCUUGAAAUUCAUCACUUGCAAAUGCAAGACAGGAUGUCAUGGCCGCUGCGGUUGCCGCAAAGCGGGUCUGAAAUGCUCAGCAAUGUGUGUUGAAUGCUGCAAUGCCUGCGAUAACGCCCCUGAAAGCUCAUUGAUCGAUGUUGAUUCCGACGAUGAGGAUGCACCUCUUCAAGUUGAGAUGGAGCAGUCAGUUGAGGAAACCGAGCAACUGAGCGAUUUUGAAAACGAACCCGAUCAAGAGGACGCCAGAGCGCCAAUGGAGUCAUCUUUUAUGGAUUGUUCAUACAUCUCUGAGACUUCGGAUGACUGGCCAAAACCCGGGACGUCACAGACACGGAGCGCAGCAGCCCCACCUACUUCAACACCGAUUAAGCGAAAGAGAUAUGCAAGAUAAUUGUAUUGUGAUCUAUUAUUAAUGUAUGUACGUAAAAAGGUAUACUCGUGUAUAUCCCUCAUCUUUGCAUCUCGUGUAUGCACCUCGUAUGUGUAAAAUUACACAAAUUUUGAAAGAAAAUAUUGCUCUUUUCCGUAACUGCUUUUGCUUUCUUUAUCUUUCUGAGCGAACACUGAAAACAAUUGCUGAAAAAGUUGUCUUAGUUUGAAAAAUUAUUUGAUCUAAAGCGAAUUAUUUUUACUUGACGACAAUCUUCUUCCGUUAAAAAAAUUGUUCAAUUUAGGUAAAGAAAAUUAAUGUCUUAUCGAUAAUAAAGUGAUGUUCUUUUUAGAGUAAGAAAAUGAUUUGAAUUAAAGAAAAUUUCUUUGACACGAAAGACAAUUUCAAUACGUAAAUGUUUUCCUUUAAAUGAAGUACAUUUUUCUGUAACUACAGAAACAUUUUCUUGGCAACCUUUCUUCAAUGAACA